CUUCACCCCCGUGGAUACAGCAGGCAUCUUCGCGGGUGUGUUCCGUUACUGGAUCACGGGCAAGGCAACCAGUUACGGCAGCACACGAGCUCUGGACAUCUCUGGAAAACUUGAGUACACAGACCACCACUGCCAUUCACAAAUUAGCUCGUCUCAUCUAAAAACAUGCAAGCUGAGGAGUACAACCGCAGAGGUAAGGAGUUGGUGGACUACAUUUCAAAGUACCUAGGCUCUAUCCGGGAGAGAAGGGUGAUUCCUGACGUGAAACCUGGCUACAUGAGGAAGCUUCUCCCUGAUGCUGCACCUGCAGAACCGGAGGACUGGGAGAAAAUCUUCAAUGACAUUGAGAAAGUCAUCAUGCCUGGAGUGGUUCACUGGCAGAGCCCCCAUAUGCAUGCCUACUAUCCUAGCCUGACCUCAUGGCCUUCUAUGCUUGGAGACAUGUUGGCUGACGCCAUCAACUGUGUUGGAUUCACUUGGGCUUCCAGCCCAGCGUGCACAGAGCUGGAAAUGAAUGUAAUGGACUGGCUGUGUAAAGCGCUAGGGCUGCCCUCCUUCUUUCUACAUCACAAUCCAGACAGCAGAGGUGGAGGCAUACUGCAGAGCACAGUCAGCGAGAGUACGCUGGUUUCCCUGCUCGCAGCCAGGAAAGACAAGAUUCUACAGAUGCGAGCAGAGCUAAACCAGGAUGUGGACGAUUCAGUUUUGAAUGCUCGACUGGUGGCUUACUCUUCAGAUCAGGCCCACUCCUCAGUUGAGAAGGCAGGACUGAUCUCUCUGGUGAAGAUCAGGUUUCUGCCCACUGAUGAGCUCUUGUCUCUGAGAGGAGACAUAUUAAAACAAGCCAUACAAGAAGACAGGAGGAGAGGACUGGUCCCUUUCCUGCUGUGUGCAACUUUAGGCACUACAGGAGUCUGUGCCUUUGACAAGCUCUCUGAACUGGGACCAGUGUGUGCAGAGGAGGGACUGUGGCUCCAUGUCGACGCUGCAUACGCCGGCUCAGCCUACUUCUGUCCUGAACUGCGUUGGUCCUUGGACGGCAUUGAAUUCGCACAUUCUUUUGUCUUUAACCCUUCCAAGUGGAUGAUGGUUCACUUUGACUGCACAGCUUUCUGGGUAAAGGACAAAUAUAAACUCCAGCAGACCUUCAGCGUUGAUCCUGUGUAUCUCAGGCAUGAAAAUUCACAGGCAGCCACUGACUUUAUGCAUUGGCAAAUUCCCCUUAGCAGGCGUUUCCGUUCUCUCAAACUCUGGUUUGUGAUGCGUUCCUUUGGACUGAAGAACCUGCAGGCUCACGUCAGACAUGGGAUUGAGAUGGCAAAGAUUUUGGAGUCCCUCAUAAGGAAUAACCCAAACUUUGAGGUUCCUGCUGAGAGGCACCUCGGCUUGGUGGUGUUCUGUCUAAAGGCAGGCAAUGCUUUGACCCAGGAGCUACUGAGGAGGCUAACGUGGUCAGGCAGCAUGUACCUCAUUCCUGCAGAAAUUCACACCAAGCGCAUUAUUCGAUUUACCGUGACAUCACAGUUCACAACAGCAGAAGACAUCCUGAAAGACUGGAGCGUCAUCUCCAAAACAGCUGCUGAUCUUCUGGCUGAGAAACAGGCACUAACUAAAGCAGAUAUACUAAAAUCAGGGGAAGAUGUGGUAAAAGGAGCAGAAGAAAACCAACACCCUGACACCAGGCCUGAUGAGAAAGAGGAUGGUGCCACCAUGCAGGACAAAGUGAACGUGGAGCUGUGGAUUGACAAAGCCUGGAAUCGACCUAGAAGGCCAAUGCGUUCCCUUAGCUGCAACAGCGAACCGCUGCCUUACACUUGCAUCGCAUUGUCCGGCUACGACUUUGAAACGAGACCUAAUAUGAACGAUGUCAUGGGGGUUCUACCCACACAGUCGAUGACUGGAUCUGGUGCUGCAUUCAAAGUUACGGAGGGCCCAUCAAAUCUCCUGGGUAAGCAGGUGCUUAAAAAGCUGACAAAGUUCUACAGCGUUCCCAGCUUCUGCAACCAGUGGGUGCAAUGUGGGCGGCACCAGCUGUGCGGCCCUCUGAAGGUUUCACAGGCCGCUCAAAAACACUUGUCUUCCACCUGCAGGAGAAUGAACUGCAUGUCUUCUUCUGUGGCCAACACGGCACCCUCGCCUCCAGCGGAAGCUGUCACUGCACCUACAGUGCUGUAAUUACACUGGAGCUGUCCAUACACACAUAGUGAAUCAGCUAUUGAUCAUUAAGCAGUUUGCUACUGUACAGGCAGCGUUGGUCAACACCAGGCAAAAGGAUUAUCACUAUUUAACAUAGGACAGUGCAUGGAGAUUGUUUUCUUUUCUCAUUUACAAUUACAGUAUGUUAUAAAAUGUUUUCAUUAAAAAGCAUUUCAAACUAA